UCAUUACAUCUGGCAAUAGACAUACACCUGCCGCCAUCUCAAUCUGAAUACGUUCAAUGCCGCUCUCCGAAACCAAGCCAACGCGCCGCGCAUGGUCCUCACCCUUCAACGCAUUCCACAAAAGCAACGAACUUGCAUUUGGCGUCGGUUGUCAGUUGUGCUCCUGCUUCUGUGUUUUUGCUGUUUCUAUUAUUUUUAAUUCAUGUGGAUACCUGGGCAGCGUAACUAAUUGUGUGGUUUACUAUUACCAACUGUUUACAAUUAAAUGUGAUUGCCGUGCGAAUAAUUUUCAUACAAAAAACACGAUUCAAACUGCAUCGCGUGAGGGGGACGCUUUUGGCGCGUUCUUUUUUUGUUUGAUUGUAAUCAAUGUGUUCUUAUCGCUUGUUCCCUUUCGAGUUAGUUUUCGAAAAACAAUUCUAGCGAAAUAAAAAGUGCUAAGGACGAGAAUAAAUUAUCUGGGAUUAUUCCGUAAAAAUAAGACAUAUUUGAAGUGUUAAGCUAGUGUUGCAUAAAGGCGUCAGAUAAAAAUGGAUGUACGCCGUACACGAGGGCGCCCCACACUCAGUGCAUCGGAGCCGCCACCGAGGGCACGGUCUCCGCGCAAAUCACCGGCUCGAAAAUCGCCCGCGCGCAGAUCUCCCGCCAGAAAGUCACCUACACGUCGGUCACCAGCUAGAAAAUCUCCGGCGCGUAGGUCCCCCGUGAGAAAAUCGCCCAGCAGGAAAUCACCAGCGCGCACAAAGUCGCCGACAACUACCCAAAAGGAUGCACCCGGACGUCUUACUCGCAAAAAGCCGACAGCAACGGUCCCGCCAACAUCUCCAGCAGGCAAGGAAUCGGCACCUAUUUCCAAGGAAGUUAAGGAAAAGGUUGAGAAAAAAUCACCGGUAAAACUAACCACCAUCACACGUACACCGAUCAGUAUCUCGCCAUUAAAACGUGACUUGAAAGAAUCAUCAUCGAUACAAAGCGUCUCGUCGUCAACCUAUAGUUCAUCAACUCGAACGACAAUUAAAACAAGAGCCACUCUGGACACAAUUGACUUUGGGCAAAAUCAAUCCAGCGAUCGUUCCGGUGGCGAUUUGGAAGUCUCCAAACUUACAUCAAUCGCAUCUUUCAUCCGACGUUCGAUAUCAAAGAACCCAACCCCAACUCCGGAACUAUCCCAUCAUAGCCGUUCAGUAAGUCGAAGUGUUUACGAAGACGAUGAUAAUUAUUCAAAAACUGAAUAUUCAGACAACGAACAAGAAAAUUACGAGCCAGUUCGGCUAGAUCCGAGUAAAACGUCUUUUACAAAGAAGUCGCUAGCGCGCCAGAAUGAAGUUCCAAGAGAAUUUGGAGGUGCAAUUGGUGCUGCAUUGUUCUUGCUUUUGGUACCACCAACCGUUCUGUACUUGCAAUAUUCUUGCAACACCCAAGCAUGUCGCUUUAAGUGCGUGAAUGUGCUCAAUACAACUCUGGCGACAAUUUCAAAUUUAUUUGAUAGAUACGCUACUGGCGCCUAUGUUUCGUUUUUGGUGUUGAUUCAUUUGCUAUCAUCAUUUCCCUUCGGACGUGUGGUGAUAAUUCCUAAUGAUCGUGGCACCGGAAAAUACUACUUCAAUUCGAUUCUGGCAUCACUUAUCGUCCUCAUAGGUCUUGGAGUUGGUCAUUACUUCAAAUAUCCUGUUGGAAGUUUUAUUUGGAAGAACUAUUUCAAGUUUCUUAUCUUAAGCACUUUGUCAGCGCUGAGCCUUUCUUUAUGUUGUUACGUUCGUGCGCGAAAAGCUCCUUCCAAUCAGUUAAAUCCAUAUGCCAAAAGUGGAAAUUUCAUUAUCGAUUUCUUCCUGGGCAGAGAAAUCUCCCCAAAAUGGUUUGGAGUGGUUGACAUAAAAUUAGCUUGUUAUCGUGCAUCGAUAAUUGCAACUUUUGUCUACAGCUUGUUGUUGAUCUCACGCAAUGUCCAGCUUCCAUCGAUUCCAGUCCAAGAGCAGCCACUGAACUACGUAGAUUCUGCAAAAUACAUCAUUGAGAAUAUUCAGUGGGAUCCAGCAGCAUUGUUAUCCUCAAGUUUGCUAGCUAUUUACACACUCGACUUAAUUUUCAACGAACAUCAUUUGGCUUCCUCUUUCGAUCUGCAGCAAGAAGGUGUGGGUGCAUUGUUGCUCCUCCGCUACGCCGUGACUCCCUUCCUCUUGAGUACCAUUCCUCGUUACAUUGUCCUGAACAAGCCAAUUACUAUUCCUAUUUGGGGCUAUGCACUCAUAUCGACUAUCUUCCUACUCGGCUUGAUCAUCAAACGUGCAAGCAGUUCAAUUAAAUACCAAUACCGAAUGAAUCCACAACAGAGCAAUUUACUGCUUCUCGACACCGUUCCUACUUUCCAAGGACGUCGUCUUUUGCUUGACAAAUAUUGGGGAACUUUGCGACAACCCAAUUAUGCAGGAGAUAUUCUGUCUUUGCUGGCGUAUGGUGCUCCAGUUGCAUGGAAAUUCGCGUGGCCCCCAGUAUUAUCAAUUUUGUUAAUUGUCGUGUUUUUAGUCCACCGCGCUAUCAGAGUUAACGCACGCAAUUUCCGACGGUACGAUUCAGCGUGGUCAAGAUAUUGUUCGAGAGCUCGGCAUUUACUGGUGCCAAAAGUUUUUUAAACGCAGCAUAUUUUUCAAAAACUAAGUCUAAUGCCAAGAUUUUUCGAUUACAUCUUCCUCCACCGAAUUUUUGAUGUUUUUAGGAUUAGUAUUUUGCAAUGAAAAUUUUACUAAACAAAAGUUAAGUUUUGGAAUAUUCGGGUAGUCAAAUUUGUUCUUUUAGAUGGCUUCAAUCGUUUACUGAGAAACCAAGAUAGGUGGAGUUUAUAUAUUUUCUUAUUGCGACCCCGGUGUGGUGGAAUUUGGAAAGCGGAUGCUUACCAGAGUCAAAGAAAACCAUUCAUCACAGGUAGCUUCUAAUUUAUUUAAUUGCUACACAUUUUCUGAGUUUUAUAGAAUUAUUUCCGACAAAAUACAGUACCUAAUUUUAAAGCAUUGGAAAAGACCAUUUAAUUUCCAACUAAUUUUUUUGUUAUUGGUUUCCCUGAAGAUACAAAAAGUACCUUAGUUCAAAUUCUGUGUGCAGUAAAUAUAAAUAUAUUUAAGCAAUUGGCAAGUUAUCACUUGAACUUUUAAGAACGACCCUACCAACCGCUCACAAUAAAAUAUAGUCUAAUCAUAAUGAAAGAGUAGGUAUUUAAUUGCUCUCAAGAAAAGAUACAAUUGUACAGAUAAACUCUAGUUUUUUAAAAGACUAUGGGAGUGAGAAAAAAAUUUUCGAUGAAGCGAUUCAUAUAUCCAUGACAAUAGCCCAGAAUUUCUAUCCCUAUUCGCUUACCAACAUUUAUGUGUUCCAUAUAAUAUACCCCCAAUAACAUAACUAACUUUGUGCCGCUUCUACUAAACGUAACCCCAUUCGUUUCAUCGGAUUUGCAGUUCUCAGCUAUAGAAGAUAGUUAAAGUAAGUUAAGAUUCAAUUUGGCAUAAAUUGAUAUGCAAGCAGUAGAUUGAUGAGAAUUUGUCUCUUUAACGUUUCUAAUAUAUAAAUCAAUGUUUGUCAUUACUAACGAAAUUUUAAAGCAAUUUAGCCAAAAAUACAUAAAACACUAAUUCAAUCAUUCUAAAUUAAAGAAGUUGUGUGAAAGCGAUAUAAAGCAAAGAGGCUAUUUGCGACCAUUAACAUAUUAACAAUUAGAAUUGGAGUAAUUUAUGUUUAGCAAGUUUUCGUUUAUUUUGUGAACAUCUACAAUGCAUACCAAUUUCUGCCAAAUGUAGUAAAAUCAGUAAAAAUAAGACAACUUGUAUUUUCAUCUUAGACUAUUUUUAAAUUAAAUACGAAAACACCCUUAAGUACUUUUACAUAUCCUGAGGAUAUUUUAAACAAAAAUUAUUUUCAUUUUAGAUUUUAGUGAUAAAUGUUUAUAGCGGAAUAGGCCAUAGAUUACGUGUAAAUGCAAUUAUUUUGAAAAAUCUUAA